GACUGCACUGUGGCUGACAUGGAAGAUAAAGUUCAGACUGUAGCCAAGACUUUAAAUAGCAUUUGUGAUAAAGCCAUCCGAUCAACUACAGAUCCAUUGAUGAGCCAGUGUGCAUGUCUGGAGGAGGUUCAUUUAACCAACAUUAAACCUGGGGAAGGCCUGGGAAUGUACAUCAAAUCAACUUAUGAUGGAUUACAUGUAAUUACUGGAACUACAGAAAACUCCCCGGCUGAUCAAUCUCAGAAGAUUCAUGCUGGUGAUGAAGUGAUCCAGGUUAAUCAGCAAACUGUGGUUGGAUGGCAACUAAAAAAUCUGGUGGCAAAGUUGCGAGAGAAUCCUGCUGGAGUUAGGCUGCUGCUUAAGAAACGUCCUACUGGCUCUUUCCAUUUCACUCCCGCUCCACUAAAGAACCUGCGCUGGAAACCGCCCUUGGUGCAGACCAGUCCUCUGCCGACUUCAACCCAGUCACCAGAAAGCAUCAUGGAUACCUCACUGAAAAAAGAGAAGCCAGCCAUUUUGGAUCUGUACAUACCACCUCCACCAGCUGUUCCAUAUUCUCCUCGAGAUGAAAAGGGGAGUUUUGUAUAUGGAGGAGGCAACAAACCCAGUCAACCACUGCCUGGGUCCAAGGGCGCCGAGUCUCCCAAUUCUUUUCUGGAUCAGGAGAGUCGAAGGCGAAGGUUUACUAUUGCUGAUUCGGAUCAGUUGCCUGGGUAUUCCAUGGAAGCAAAUAUCCUACCAACCAAGAUGAGGGAAAAAACACAGUCCUAUGGAAAACCUCGUCCUUUGUCAAUGCCUGCUGAUGGGAGCUGGAUAGGAGCUGCAGAACCCUUCUCUAGGCCACGAGCAUCAGGGAGAAAAGGUGAAGAUGUCCUCUGCAGGUACUUCAGUAAUGAAAGGAUACCUCCAAUAAUUGAAGAAAACCCCUCCACACAACACCCCCUCUCAAGGCCAGUGUCUGACAAGCAGUUAGUGAGGGGAACGGAUUAUAUUCGAGGCAGCAGGUGUUUUAUGAAUACAGACCUUCACAACAGUGCAACAAUUCCUUUUCAAGAGGAAGGUGCUAAAAAAUCCUCUGUUACAUCGUCCACAAAAUCUUCCUCCACAGAGCCCUCGCUGCUGGUCAGUUGGAUCACAAGACUGAAACUGUUGACUCAUUGACUAUUGUUCACAGGACUCCUACCAAGUGCCUUUGCUCAUCAGUCAGACUUCUCCACUUUUCAGCUUAACUGAUGCAUAGUGACUAAUGAGGUGUUCUUUUCCUGGAGAAUCUUACAUUUUUGCCUUUUUGUUUGUGAUUUUUUGAUGGAUCAG